CUUCCUGUUAUUGUAGCACUUAUACUCGUCCGUGUUGUGUUAGCAGAGGUAACUCCUAGGAUGAGAAAAUACUGGAAUUGUAAAUGUUCUCUGGUCAAAGAAAUGUACUAGGCUACUUCUUUAAAUGAAAAGGUGACAUUCAAAAAUUCUAAUUUUAGCCAUGUCAACUGUUCAUUUUUAAAAGCACUGCAAAUUAAGAUGGUGUCGCGUCGACAGAAGAGAUUAUGGAGGUAUGUGGAGGAAGGAAGCCUUUUAAAGUUGAAGUCCUAUCUUCGGAAACAUUCUGACCUCACGCCCAACUUUUCACAAGGUAAAAGAAUGAGGACUCCUCUCCAUCUAGUUUGUUGUCAUGGGGAUGAUGCCAUUCUCAGGGUCUUGAUGAAGCAUGGGGCUGAUCCCCUCCAGAAAGACAAAAAUGGAAACACUGCCCUACAUGCGGCCGUCAAAAGAGCUCUAAAGCACGGGAAAAGAGCUUAUGAUGACUUGGUUGUCCCCCUUCGCGAAAAAUGUCCCGACGCCUUGGAUGUACCUAAUAAAACUGGUGUAACUCCUCGGGAUAUGCUGGAAUGGGUGAAAUUUGGUACGAGAGCACCGAAAGAAGGGCCGUCUCAACCUGAGAGGAAUGCAGAAAGAGAAUGGAGGGAGAAACUGAUGGGGGAAUGUCAUGAUGAGUUCAGUGAGAUGUUUGGCAAAUAUGAUGAUGAUUUCCGGGGUAAUGAAAAGGUCGAGGAGGACGUUGAGGAGGACUUCAUGGACUGGGCAGACCGCAUCCGCCUGGAGUACAUGGCACAGCAGCGGGCCCGUGCCCAGCGGGCGGCCGCGGGGAUGGCCGGCCGGAGGAGAAGAGAAGGUCCGACUGAAGAGGAGCAGCGCAGCCACAGGGAGCAGCUGGAGCGUCUGCAGAGGGAGCACCUGGAGUACCUGGAGCGGGCGGCACGCAAGCAGGAGGAGACGCGGCUAGGCAAGAAGAAGCGUUACGACGAGCGCUGCGAGCGCACCUUCGGCUCGGCCAGCGCCUCACAGAAGCACCUGAGCUACACGGACAUCCCCUGGCCGGCUCCGCACGGCUCCGUGCCGGAGAUGCUGGAGGUCAUGCUGCACGGUGCCGACCGGGCCGACGUGCCAGCCUUCCGGAAGCUUCUGAAGAGACAGCAGACCAUCUGGCACCCGGACAGGUUCGCCCAGCGCUGCGGCGAGCGCCUGGAGGAGUCGGACAAGCAGAGGAUUCUGGACACGGUCACGGCACUCUCGCAGGAACUCAACCGGCUAGCACAGAGCCUCAGGUGACCGACGGCAGAAAGAGGACACAUGGAACUGUUCACACUCGCAAUGCUACUGCAUGUUCUGCUUAGGCUGAAGGAGGCCUAAAAGUGCAGAGUCAGAGCAAAAGCAGAAAUGGGUUAUUCAUCAUUCAGAGUUCAUUCAGAGUUUCAACAGUUUGGGUGAUGGUGUAAUGCAUCUGCAAGCGUGAGAGUCAAGAGUGCCCUAUUUAACCUUUUUUUUUUGCACAGCAGUGAUAACUGUGCCAUCAACAAUGUUAAUCUGGUCUGAAACAGAUUGACAGAAUAGAGAGAGACAAUUUUUAUCAAAUGCUCUUGCACAGUGGACCCACAGGUGAUAAAACCAUCUUUUGUUCAGGGCAACAUGUCUAAAUAAACCUAACAAUAUGAACACGUUU